UUUCUAUAUAUUCUCCUCGCGCCCUCCUUCUUCCUCUUUCUUUCACGCGACCCUAUUGCGCGAUACUACCUUGUCUUUAAACCAGCUCUUAGGCGAUCCUUGGAAGCACUGCAAAGAUGCCCAGGGAAGACAGGGCCACGUGGAAGUCCAACUACUUCUUGAAAAUCAUCCAACUUCUGGAUGACUUCCCAAGAUGCUUCAUUGUCGGUGCAGACAAUGUGGGCUCAAAGCAGAUGCAGACCAUCCGUAUGUCUCUGCGUGGAAAGGCGGUGGUGCUGAUGGGUAAAAACACCAUGAUGCGCAAAGCCAUCCGUGGUCACCUGGAGAACAAUCCUGCCCUGGAGAAGCUUUUGCCCCACAUUAAAGGUAAUGUGGGCUUUGUCUUCACCAAGGAGGAUCUGGCUGAGGUCAGGGACAUGCUGCUGGCAAACAAGGUGCCUGCAGCUGCCCGUGCUGGAGCCAUUGCUCCCUGUGAUGUGAUGGUGCCAGCCCAGAAUACUGGUCUGGGUCCCGAGAAGACCUCUUUCUUCCAGGCUCUGGGUAUCACCACCAAAAUUUCCAGGGGUACCAUUGAAAUCUUGAGUGAUGUCGGUCUGAUCAAGACUGGCGACAAGGUUGGUGCCAGUGAGGCCACGCUGCUCAACAUGUUGAACAUCUCACCCUUCUCCUACGGACUCAUCAUCCAGCAGGUGUAUGACAACGGCAGUGUUUACAGCCCUGAGGUGCUCGACAUCACAGAGGCUUCCCUGCAUACCAAGUUCUUGGAGGGUGUGAGGAACAUCGCUAGCGUGUGUCUGGAGAUUGGCUACCCCACUUUGGCCUCUGUCCCCCACUCCAUCAUCAAUGGCUACAAGAGAGUCCUGGCUGUCGCUGUGGAGACAGACUACUCCUUCCCUCUGGCAGACAAGGUCAAAGCCUUCCUGGCCGACCCAUCUGCUUUUGCUGCUGUCGCAGCACCUGUGGCAGCUGCCGAGACUGCUGCUCCAGCUGCCAAGAAGGAGGAGGUUAAGGAGGAGUCUGAGGAAUCAGAUGACGACAUGGGCUUUGGUCUGUUUGACUAAAGACACAGCAAACAGAACCAGAUUUCAGUCAAAUAACACUCUGAUUGAAUAAAUGUCAUAAAAACCAAA